GCUCAUUUAACCUCAAAAUGGGAUUCUACAUACCGCAAGAUAAAUUGCCCAACUUAAAGUUGUACAAGUACUCAUCGGAAGAUCACUCGACCAUCUCUAGGUUGGUGUUGAAACCAUGGUGGAACUGGUUUGUACAACUUUUCCCGCGGUCAAUGGCCCCUAAUGUCAUUACCUUGCUUGGGCUUGUGUUUAUUAUUUGCAACCUUUUCAGUGUGUUCUACUAUGAUCCAUACCUCAAUCAAGACAGUCCUCGGUGGUGCUACUUCUUCUACGCGUUCGGUUUGUUCAUGUACCAAACAUUUGAUGGAUGUGAUGGGUGCCAUGCCCGGAACACUGGUCAAAGCGGACCUCUUGGUGAAUUAUUCGACCACUCGAUUGAUGCCAUUAACACCACCCUUGGGUCCAUUGUGUUCUGUUCAGUGUUGCAGACGGGCUAUAGCAAGUUGUUCUUGCUCACGCAGUUUGCGUCGGUAACAAACUUCUACAUGUCCACCUGGGAAGAGUACCAUACUCAUACGCUUUUCUUAUCGACAUUUUCCGGGCCUGUUGAAGGGAUUUUGAUGAUCAUUGGUAUGUUUGCAAUUAUAGGCGUCUUUGGACCUGGCAUCUUCCAAUACAAGCUUCUCGCAGUCAACAAUCUGUGGGUGGUAUUUGAUGUUGACGUGAAAACUGCCGCUCUGUUAUUAGGCCUUGGGUCACUUUACUUUAAUAUCGCCCAAGCGUUCGGAAACGUGGCUCGGUACUACCGCCGUUCGAAGGACUCUGUGGCUGCAUCUAAGGCCAUUGACAUGGCUUACCAGGGGCUCAUUCCUUUCUUUUCCUAUUAUACUUCCAUAGCAAUGUUGGUGACGGUGUUCCCAGACUACUUGUACCAGUUUGGAUUGCCUCUUUCCCUUUCCAUUGGUCUUUCGAUUGCCUUUGCGGUGGGAAGAAUUAUUCUUGCUCACUUGACGAUCCAGUCGUUCCCAAUGGUUCACUUGCCCAUGAUUGUGCCGGUGGUGCAACUCGUCACCACAAAGUUCUGUGUGGACGUGUAUGGAUACGACUUGUUUGACGUGGUGUAUUCGCUGGCAUGGUUGGGCUUUGGAGUGACGUUGGGGAUCCAUGGCCUGUUUAUCAACGAGAUUAUUUAUGAGAUCACAACAUACUUGGAUAUCUAUGCCUUGUCCAUCAAACACAAAAAGGCAUAGGUUAGACGGGAAACCUCUGUGUGUGUCCUUCUUUAAAUCCAGGUAGUUUCGGUUUUCUGAAAGAAUCAGAGUUAACUUCAGUUCUCCUCCUUUGUGUCUCUUAUGGUGACAUGUUUAUUUUAUAUACAGAUACCGUUAGAUAGGUCGUCGACUACUUACUUCUUUUCUUCGCUUCCCGACGCCAAUACACUUUGAGCGGAUUCUUGUAAUGACAUUUCUCUUUCCAUUUCUUGCAAUUGGGUUUCACUCAAAAUAGCAAGUGAUAAUGGAACUCCCAACAACAAAAGACUCGAAGUCACACCCCACAACAAGUUACCUCCUUUGAACAAUCCGGUGGUCACCAGACUCUGGACGGUUUGGACUGCGGAUAAAAGUACAUUUCUUUGCUUUGGAGGAAUGAUAUCUUUCAAAGCAAGAAUUCUGUCAUAAAGGGUUUCGUUUUCAAUGUCAAAGUCGUCUUCAAUUUCGCUUUCACUUUCACUGUCACUGUCACUGUAGACUUGUUCGUUCUUGGGCUCAAAUGCACUGGCCUGUGUCUCGUCAAUUUGGGUUAACUUAACCAUAUUUGUGGAUGAUGUUGGAUAUUCGAGCAAUUU